AUGUCGUUCAAAUUCAACGAAGAGUCAUUUUUAGACAAUUCUUUUAAUGAAACUCUUAGGGAAAAAUUGACAAAAAUGCUAAAUUCUAGAAAAUCUAUGGAUAUUAAGAUUGAUGAUCAUCUGAGUUACGCCAACAAUCGUGGAUCGACAUCAUGCUCGAAUAAUUUUGAUAAUUCAUCUUCCAUAAAAGCUAGAGAUUCAAAAUUGGAUAUUUUAAAGAGUGACGUUAAAGUUUGUGAAGUUAACUUUCCAACGAUACCGAAUUUAGAAAUCUUGGAUUUGGAUGUGUCUGGUCAACCAAGAGCCUUGGCCAAAGGUAUCUGUAAAAUAUCUUGUAGAGAUGCAUUGCUUCAAAUACAAACAGAAAUUGAAGCUAAUUCAUUGCUUCUCUAUACGAAUAUUUCUCCCGAUUUUACUACACCUUUGAUGAUUGCAAAUGAUACGUUCACUAUCCCAAUUACAAUGACUUUUAGUCAAAUUCAAUUAGAGGCAAUCACAAACGUGUUUGUUAAAAACAGCGGUGUUGGUAUAUCGUUCAACGAUGUGUCGUUGGACUUCCAAUUCGACUGCUCCAUAAAGCUAUUACAACCCCAUAUUGCAAAAAGGCUAAGGAAGUCGAUGCAAUUGGUAUUCAAAGACGUCUUACCUAGCGCGCUAUUUAAUAUGUCAAGAUCGUGGUUUACUCAUGAUGGCUCGAGUUCGCAAACUACAACCGAUCAUUCUCAGGAAGAAGGAUCUAGAUUGAUUAGAUUGCAUAGGUUGACCGUCGAAGAUCUGGACUUACAAGAUCUAUCUCCUGUUAAUAUGCUGAAAUUAUCAACACUAACUUCGUCAAGACAAACUUUGUCGUUGCACUCCACAAUGCCAAAGUACUUUUCAACAAUACCAGGUUGCUUGGAUAGACAAAAUUUCCGUAAUUUCACUUCAAGAAUGCCCUGUCUUUCGAAUUAUGGUGGAGGUAGUGACGAUGGAGACAAACAUGUACCCCACAUUCAUAAUUUGCAGAACAAGAAUCUUCUCCCAGAGGAAGCGCUUGAAGAAAAUGAUAUUGAUUUAAAGGCAAUUUUGUCAAUACAAACUAAAAUUUAUGAAAGAGGAAUCAGUACUAAUAAUGAUGUUAUUCGUCCAAGAAGAAGAAAGAUUAGGAUUAAGCGAGCUAAGAAGUCUAUUGUAAAUAAAGCUACAGAAACUAGUUCUAAUCUAAAUGCAGAUUCGGAAAUUACACCUGUAUCUUCAUCUCAUAAUGCAACCUCAUCAGUUAACACUAUUACAUCUCUCACGACAAGUUCAUUGGGUUCUACUGCGGGCAGCUCGAAUUCCAAAAAUACAAACAGAUCAUCGUCAUUUACAAGCUCGAUUAUGCCAAUAACUCCGUUGGCACAGAGUUCAAUGAAUAAGAAAGACGGCAAUUUGAUAACAUUAAGACAAGACAGCAAAGUUUUGGAUUCAAUGAAAUAUUUCACCAAAAUCCAAGACCUGCAUAACAUCCAUGCUUCCUUUAACUCUUCGAGAGAAACCCAAGACAGCAACAAUAGGUUUAGGAUAGCGUCAGAGAUGUUACCGACUAAAAGAGAAAUCAGUCCAAUUCCCACCUUAAAUUCAUUCAUCGAACCUAACAGAAGGUUCAGCUUUGUAGGUUUGAAUCAUAAGACAUCUCAUGACAAUAGUUGGAGUGUAGAUGAACAACCACCUCCAUAUUAUUAA